UCUCCGCACCGGCACCAUCACGUCUCCAUCCGGCAAGAGAGGGUCAGGAGGAGAGUACAUCCUGGUGCUCGGACGAUGCUCCCAUAGAUGACACAGUUAUAUGUGACAUAUUUUGCACCGUCAUGAUUGGAGAAGAACCGGAGCCAGAGGCGUCACUCUGGGUGUUUUCGAUUGAUGAUACUGAAUCGGUUGAUAAAACUCGUUUAGAAAAGACACCCACAUGAUUACUUCCAGAUUAACCCUACCGAUCAAAAGAAGAACUGCGUCGCCGGCAAAAGGAGGCUGGAGAGAAAACUGACACGUGGAUUACUCCUCCUAGGGUAUCAGGAAAAACAGACUCCCUCCUUCAGCGUCAGCUCCACGACCAUCGCCUCCCGUCCUUAUUCAGUCCCGUUUCAGUCCCGUUUCAGUUUUCAGGAUUAGUUCUUUUACACGUUUACUUUUCUGACUGAUCGACCGGAAGAAAUCGAAAGAAAACAGCCGAGGCGGGUGAAAGGAGGUUGCUGUUAACUCGCGUUGAAUGGCAGUUAUUCAAAAACAUGGCAAGAGCUGUAGUCCAGAUUUGGUCUGUCACAAGGAAAACCAUCCGUCCGAAAAACUCGGAGCUCCUGGAUGUCACAAGAAGUGGCCUGAACACAACACACACUGGACAAGGCCAGUGGCAAGGGUAUGGACGGUGGUGUUGCUGCUUGGGACAUGCCUCCUCUACUGCGCCCGUGUGGCGAUGCCCAUCUGUGCUGUCAACAUGGCAGAGCAGUUCAACUGGAGCAAGAGCGAGUCAGGCAUGGUGCUGGGCAGCUUCUUCUGGGGUUACUGCUUCACCCAAGUGUUCGGAGGCUACGUCAGCGACCGUGUUGGAGGUGAGAAGGUCCUCCUGCUGUCUGCGGCAGCAUGGGGGUCGAUGACGGCCUUCACCCCCAUCCUGGCCCACUUCUGUUCCCAGCCAAUAUUCUCCAUGACACUGGCCCGCUUCCUAAUGGGCUUGUUACAAGGAGUUCAUUACCCUUCUCUGGCGAGUCUGUGCUCUCAGAAGGUGGUGGAAAGUGAAAGGGGUUUCCUCAUGAGCACCGUGGGUAGUGGAUCUUACCUGGGCACUCUGGUGAUAGGAGGGGCUGGCUCCCUCAUGUUGGACCUGUAUGGCUGGCAGAGUGUUUUUUAUGUGUCAGGUCUCCUCUCAGUGCUCUGGGCCUACUGCAUGUGGAAAUAUCUGCUCAAGGGAGAAGGGCCUAUCAUCACCCUGGAGGCCCUGGGAAGUGGUGGGCCCCAAUCCAAACUGUCUAAAAGACAUUGGUUGCGGCUCUUAAAACAACCAGCAGUCUGUGCUGUGAUCGUUACGCACCUUUGCACAGCCAGCACAUUCUUCACUCUUUUGUCAUGGCUGCCAACAUACUUUAAAGACACUUUCCCUGAUGCCAAGGGUUGGGUGUUCAAUGUUGUUCCCUGGUUGGUGGCCAUACCCUCAUCCCUCUUCAGUGGCUGCUUGUCUGACCACCUCAUCAGUCAAGGCUUUGACACAGCCUCAGUGAGGAAGUUGAUGCAGUUCUUCUCCAUGGGUGUGUCCAGUGUGUUUACUCUUCUUCUGUGUGGCAAAAAUACCUUCCCCUGGGCUGUAGCAUUUGUGUCGGCCACCAUGGGCCUCACCACCUUCAGUCACAGCGGUGUGUCUGUAAAUGUUCAAGAUCUUGCUCCUUCCUGUGCUGGAGCUUUAUUUGGUGUCAUGAAUACGUGUGGUGCUUUCCUAGGGGUCCUACUGGUGUAUUUCUCUGGGUAUCUCAUUGAGGCCACAGGCUCUUGGACAUCAGUGUUCGCCCUUAUCACCACUGUCAACCUGCUGGGCCUCUGCACCUUUCUGGCCUUCGCUGAGGCCCGCCGGGUCGACAUUGACUACAGUAAGGUCCGACACCACAACAUCCACAUCUAAAUCAUCAGCCUCAAAGCUGAGCAAGCCAACAAGCAUGCUAUCCCUCAAUGGAGACACAACCUUGGGCAACCAGCAGCUAAGACAUUAUCCACAUUGGAGAACUAGCCAAUGGAUAGCAUGUGGCACGCCUGCAUAUAACAUCUGGAAAAUGUUGAUAAGCUCUGUUGCUAGUUGAGGAAGUGUUGCAACAGUUACUGAAAAGCACAAAGCAGAGCUAGCACACUGUUACUGUAAAAUCUUGUAUCAAAAUCUUCAUAUCCUAGAAAAACAGAGAUUCAGUUUGUAGCAGAAUGGGAAAGAAAAAGUCUACACUACCUCAAGGUCUGGCUUGUGUAGCGUAUGGUGAUUAAACAGUUUCUGAGUUCAUCAUUUGUUACAGAACGUGUUACUUAGAACAAGAGAAGUUGUGUAAAUUGUUAUCAACAUAUUAAUAUAUGUAAGAAUAAUGGAUGUGGAAGUCUCAGGAGCUCUCUGACAGUUGUGACAGACCAAGGUGUGAGUUCUUACCCUGCGGGGAAGGGUGACGCAGGGAGGGUCCGGCCUCUUGCACCUGAAGUCUUUUAUUAGUACUCACCCAUCAAUGUCUGAGUGACACCUCAUUACCCAGCCACUAAUUACUUGGCAGGCGCUCUAAUGUCCCAUACAGUCUACCGUUUAUAGUCCCCAUCUCCAUGGUUACAAGCUCAUCUUAUUUUUACAGUCAGAGGAGGUGAAAGAGGACGCUGUGUUACAUUAAGGCUCUGACGUACUGCAUCCUCCUUGUUUUUAGUCUCAAAGAAUUUCCAAUAAAAAGACCAAAGGUUACUAAUUAUUCUUAUUUUUGUUCUAUGUGAUUGCAUGUCAUAGAAAUACCUCACUUAAUUAUUUUUUGAGUGUAUAUAUAUAUAUAUUUAUAAGACUACAUAAGAUUUUUGUGUCCAUUGAAAUGUCUUUUAUAAAAUAAAUAUAUUAAGUAAGAUGACAGGGAAAAUAAAUAUAUAUGGUAAGAUUACAAAAAAUCAUAGUUAGUAAAGAGUAAUUUUUUGACAGUGUGAUGCAGUAUGAAUAACUAUAUCAGAUUUCUGUAAGUUAAGUCCCUCACCUAUUAUUGCUUUCUGACCUGCACUUUGGUGGAAAGAAAGGUGUCGAUAUAUAUUUCAAACUUGUUUUGCUUUGCAAAGAUACAACCUUUUUGUCACAUUAACAUCAAUGUUAUCUUAGCGCUGCAUAAGUGAUGUCAGGAGUUGGGAAGGAGCUGCACACAGGAAGGAGCUCAUUUACUUAUCUUGGUGGUGUCGGAGGAAGCGUUUCUGCAUUCUGUCAAGCUGAGGUGAAAUUUUAUGGACACAAUGAAUGUUGCAGGAAAAGGUUUGAGAAUUUGAAAGGGUGAGUUGAGGAACUGGAAAACAUCCAUUUCACUGCAAAGUGUGUGAUGUCAUAAAAGCUACAUAACUCCGGCUGAAUGUUGAAAUGUUAAAGUGAUUGUGAUAUUUAGCUUUCACAGCACAGUCUCAAAAUGUAAUUUUCAAUCUAGAUGCUUUCUUGACACGUGUUCCUCAAAAAAAUUCUAUGCAUUAUUUUUUUUGUGCCUGAUUUCAGGAAUGAGAGAACUUUAAGAUAUGCUCACUGUUGUCACUCAGUGUCCUCCGUUAAUUAUUGUGCAUUAUUACAUUUCUUGCCUUCUUUGAAUGAGUUUUUUUUGCGUCUCCCUUUCUUUGUCUAUUUUUAUUUUACUUUGUUUGGUUGUUUUUAUUUCGGAAAUAACCAAUAUGUUUGUUAGAUAGUUUUUUUUAUUUAAAAUGUUCAGAGUAAAAAUGCAUUUUCUUUAUAACAUAUUUAAAUUGUUUGUGUGUGUAUUACAAGGACACAUACAUCUACUGAUCAUAAUGAAUAAUUUAAGAUAAUAUCUAAUCUGAAAUAUGAUGUCGACACCAAAUGAAACUUGGAUCCUUUGCCUACACUAUGUUUUGUUGUGAUCAUACACAAGGCCACAACCUUCACCGAUUUUAGCCUUAUUAUCGUCAAACCAAAAGCCCCACAAUAAUCAUAAGUUUACUCUGCCUUAGCCGAUGUGCAUAAUUUACAGCUGCCAUCGUUGUCUCUUUUUCUGUUUCUGUGUUGACAUUAACAUAAAAAAUAACUGAAGUUCUGUUCACCAACAUAUCUGACUGUAGGUUCUUUGACAAAUCCUUUUUGAUAACAUGUAAGAUAUGUAUGAUAGAGAGAAUACAUUUGUGGGGAAAAUGCAUUAUUGUAAUGCUUUUUAAAUAUGUUGUAUUUAAAGCAUAUAUUAACUUUGAAUAAAAAUAUAUUUUGUCAACA